ACUUACAUUUUAACAGUUGUUUUCCUGUCGAUGUGUCUGCAUUUCAUCGUCGAUAGACUAUGCUUGAUGUCAUCGCAUCACAACUAUGAAGUUAUGCAAAACUGGUUGGAUGAGAAGGAAGAACGUCAGCUACAGGAUUCCCGGAUUAGAAAUAUUCUGUUGCAUACGCAAUUCGAGCAUCUUUUCGAAUGGUCCUUACCCCACGAAAGUGUUGGCCCCAGUUUUUUCCAAAAGCUGAAAUGUCCAGUUACUGAGUGUGUUGUUACAAGAAAUCGCUACUUUUUGAAUCAAAUAACGGACUACGACGCGAUUAUAUUACACGUGGAUGACAACAUGAGCGAAUCGCUGCAACACAUGUUGCCAGAGCAUCGAGUGCCGAGCCAAAUCUACAUCAAAGCCAACCGGCAAUCGCCAGCAAAAAUCAAGAAAGUUUUGGGAAGAAUGAAAAAUCUGUUCAACUGGACAAUGUCGUUUAGGUUGGAUUCGGAAGUGUUGUGGAACUUUGGGAAUGUGGUUGAUAUCAACAGUGGAAACAUAGUAGGCCCUGUGCGGCACAUGCUACAUCAAUGGAGGUCUUGGAAUCGGAGCUACUUUGAUGAUAGUUUUAUGCAACUGGUUCAGCGUAAGAGGAAAAUGGCAGUGCAAUUGAACGCAGAUUGUUCGAAAGAUUCUCUCGAAAAGAAGUUAAUACGUCAGAUAAAGAUGUACAUAGCUGUUGACCAGUACGGAGAUUGCGCUGAGAAGAAAUGUUCCAAUACUAGCGACUGCACGCGCCUGCUCAACGAUGACUACAAAUUCUUCUUAGCUUUCGAACGAGCGCUGUGUAAAGAUUACAUUUCGGAGGAUCUUUACACAGCUUUGAGGAACAACAUCAUUCCGGUGGUUUUUGGGGCGGCCGAAUAUUGGAAGUUCAUUCCACCGCAUUCCUACAUUGACGUGCAAGAGUUUGGAAGCGUGCAACAGCUGGUUGAGUAUCUUCAGUACUUGGUGAAUAAUCCACAUGAGUAUGUCAAGUAUUUUUGGUGGAAGCAAUACUACCGGAUCGAGGAGAGUCUACCGUUUUGUGAACUAUGCCGGAAAAUUCACGAUAUUGGAGCGAGGGAACGCAUUCAACACUACCGGAACAUUGACGAUUGGUGGUAUGACAGUGUCUGUCAGACGGAGACCAUGAUAUUGCACGAGAACGGUAUGAUUCGAGGAAACCCGAAACGCUAUCCCAACUAUUCGAAUCUUUUGAAAAGGCCGGUUAAAGAGAUCGCCUAUUGGGGUGGCUAGUUUUGAUUAUAUGAACUAGUAUAAAGAAAUCUUUUUUUUUGUAAAUCUCUUAGACAAUAUCAACAUAAAUGAAAAAUAAGCAUUCAUGGCACUUUAGAUUGAAUUGAAAACCAGUGUACUUGAAGUACAUUAUUUUCUCCUAGUAUUUAUUGUCCAUUACAUUGAUGAAUUACCCUCAAUUUAUUACUUGUGGGUCGUCUUGUAGAUUUACAAAAUUAUUUAUUACUCUUUUUUUAACUCAAUGCCACUAAAGAUCUUUAGAGACCCGAGAAGAUAAAAGUUAAGACAAAAAAGUUAUUAGGAAUUUUAUGGAGAGAUUAAUCAGUUAUUAGGAAUAGUAGAAAAUAAGUAAUACCCAUCUAAAGCCCAGUUUACAGUUCGAGUGAAAAUAAAAGGAAAAAAAAUCUUAUUUUAUCAAUAACUUAAAAAUGCGACACAACUAGCAUGGUGGAAUCGAUGAGGAAUUGUUGAAAGAUGAAA